AUGUCUACACCACGCAAGACCAUUCUAGUCACUGGUGCCACCGGCAAGCAAGGCGGCGCUCUCAUCCAAAGCUUCCUCUCUGCCCCCGACACAGCCGGAUUCAACAUCGUCGCUGUAACACGCGAUGUCACCACUCCCCGCGCGCUGAAGCUCGGCGCGAAUUUCAAUGUGUCCGUUGUGGAUGGCGACAUGGCUCAGCCUGAGGCUAUUUUCCAAAAAGUCAGCCCCGUGUGGGGCGUGUACAGCGUGCAGGUUAACUCGGACGAUGAAGAGCAGCAAGGCAAGGCCAUCGUCGAUGCAGCAGUUGCUCACGGUGUGCGCCACUUCGUCUACUCGUCGAGUGACCGUGGUGGCCCUGAGAGGUCGCCUGUUAAUCCCACCAAAGUCAAGAACUUCGCUGCCAAGUACCGCAUUGAGAAUUACUUGAUCGAGAGGGCAGCGGCCAGCCCGCAACCGAUUACAUACACGAUCCUGCGGCCUGUGACGUUCUUUGAGAAUCUUACUACCGAUAUACAUGGGAAGGGCUUUGCCCGUAUGUGGGAACAAAUGGGAGACAAGAAGCUGCAGUUCGUGUCAACCAGGGAUAUUGGUCGGGUUGCGGCUUAUAGUUUCAUGCGUCCCCAUGAUUACCGCAAUGUUGCCCUGACACUGGUGGGCGAUGAGCUAACCCAGAAGGAGGCCGAGCCCGUGUUCAAGGCUGUCGUGGGAUCAUCUAUGCCCUUGGCCCCGUGCCCUGUGGCUUCUACCGUCAAGUUUGUCUUGAAGGGCACUGUGGGCGAUAUGUUUCGUUGGUUUGAACGUGAAGGAUAUGGAGGCGAUGUGGCCGCAUGCCACCAACUCUACCCUGGGAUGAAAGACUUCAAAACCUGGAUCGAGGAGAACAAAGGGCAGUGGCUGUGA